CCGACCGACCGACCAGGCGUCCGCUGUGGCAUCUCUGUCUGGCCUCAAGGGGGAUCAGAGGCAUCGCCGUCUACGCUUGAUCGCUGUUUCGGCGCGCAAUCCCAUGUCGCCGUAGAGGAACACCAGGCACGGGACAUGGGAGACAUCUCGAGACGUGUUCAAGUUUACCGCCUCUCUACGCCAGAAAAAGUAGCAGCGGUUUCCGCCGUUGGUCCGGCCGCAGCCGUGCCUCCCGCUUCUGAGCCAGCGGAACUGGUCACCAUGAGGGUCGUGAUCCUCCUAGGGGGAGUCGCAGUGGGCAUAGGCAUGUUUGCCAUAUUUUGGGCGUGGUGCUACGCCGAACACAGGCUGUGGCUGUUGGGAUCAGCAGCGGCACCGCCAGAGGGUAACGGCAUCGAUCAGCCGCUGCUGGCGGCGCACGAGGAGGAACAGGAGUGCUGCAGCUGCCCUAUGGACGAAUUAGAGGCGCAGCAACAGCGGAGCGAUGUGGCUGCCCGAGCCGCUUCUCUGGGCGUUCCUACGGAUUCUACAUCAUCCGUUCCUUCGGUAGACUCUACAUCUAGCCUUGCCCUCGCAGCAGCAGCAGCAGCAGCAGCUGCAUCAAGUAAUAUAGAGGGGGAGAACGAGGAGUUCACCGCAGCGGAGCAACCGAUACGGCCGCUGCUACGAGACUUCACGAUUGCGGAGCUCAACACUUUUGAUGGUGGUGAAUCACCCCUUUCUCGGAAGCCUCACCCGAUAUUUAUCUCCCUGGGGGGCACCGUGUACGAUGCGUCCAACGGGAGAGGGAUCUACGGGCCGAGCGGUGAGUUGGCCGCCUUCGCCGGCCACGAUGUAUCAAGGUGGGUGGCCAGGGGGCUGGUGGCCUCGAAGGACGACGGCAAGAGCGACCUGGAUGACCUGUCGCUAACGGGGCUGAACCGGAUCGAGAGGAUGACGCUGGCGGGCUGGGAGGAGAGGUUCAAGGCGUGCGGCUACCCUGUCGUCGGCAGGGUAGUGCUGCAGUAGUAUUUUACUUCAUACUCUCGUGCUUUACCGCUGCUGUAGCAUCAUUGCAAUCAAUCGUGCUGCGUUGGGCGAAAGGAAUGGUGUUCCGAGAGCCGCUCUACUGCACACACGCGGAGAUUUCGCUGUAUGGUGUUUUCCAAGUUGGUCGAAUGCCGCGUGUGUUGACUGAGCUGUACGCACCUCCCCGGUGGUGCUUCGCGUAGCCUGUAGCGACCAACCCUUGCGGCUGGCUUUAGUUUAGUCAAAUUGCCCCAGCGGUCAUGGUGCAGUAGGUGUGUCGAGCCCUUGUACGUGCUCGGGGUGUGUUUUUGUUGUUUCGUGGGACAUUGCUGCUGAUAACAACACAUGAAGAGGGCGGCAAAGUGUGUGAAAUACCAUACCAGCAACGGGGAGUAGAUAGACCGGUGAGCUCGCCCUCGCCAGUACAGUAGUGAACGAGGAGAGAGGUAGCCUCGGGGAUAUGGGAGCAGCUUGUCUAUUUGGCCGGCAUUCGGGGGAAAACUUGACAACUUUUUUCAACGUAUCGCAACAAGUUACUACAGGGGCGAGCCGGAGGCCUGUUUUCACGCACCCUUCGUGGCGACAGCAGCCCCCCCGCGCCUGCGUGUUUGCCCUCCUCUAGUCUUCCCUUCAUGCUGCAGCUGUUUUUGUUUGUGGCACUUGUUUGCAUGGCGUCCGGGGUUGCGUUUGGUUCUAAAUUUGAAGACUACCGCCGCCACCCGCUUCGACAUUUCGGUGGCGAUGAGGGAACACGUGGAUUUCUGCGCUCCAUGGCUGAGAGGCUUGUUCGGCUGUCUGUAAUAAACAGCGUCACCGCGGAAGCUCAUCCAUCCUUUCGAGCGAGCACGGGGGGUAUCCCUCCAAGCUUCGGGGGCACGUAGGGGCUCAUGCGGUCUUCCCAACACACAAAAUAAUCAAGGCACAGA